GACUUUUGCGUCGUGGAGGGCAGCUGUGAUAAUAACCCAUAUCCCGUCCGGGCGAUGGAGUGGACGAGCGGCGGGACGCUGCCGUCUUGCUCGCGGUCGUCGAUUCGCAGCGGCGGCGGCGGCGCCUCUUCGCCGCCUCUGCCACCGCCGCCACUUCUCAGUUCCGCCUCCGCGUCCCGUGUCGACGUCGUGGUCGCCGACCUAAGUGCCUCCGAGGCCUGCCACACCCGCAGUCUUCUCGGCAGAGCCGUCUACAACCGCCUCUUUUCAUGGCUCAUCUCCCGUCUCAACGAAGCCCUCCGGCCAAAACACCCCGGGAAAUGGCGACUCAUCGGUUUGUUGGACAUCUACGGGUUCGAGGUAUUCGAAAGCAAUUCUUUCGAGCAACUCAUCAUCAAUUUCUGCAACGAAAAGCUCCACCAACUAAACGUUGAAGUCGCCCUCAGGCAGGAACAGGAAGAAUACAUUCGAGAGGGACUCGACUGGGAACCCAUCGACUACCGGAACAACAACAAUAUCUGCGAGCUCAUAGAAAGAAACAAUCACGGGAUUUUAAGCUUGCUGGACGAUGAAUGUUCUCGAGGUCGAGGGCAAGUGACUGACGAGAAUUUUCUGCUCAAGCUCACUCAGGUUUGCUCAGGUCACCCGAAUUUCGAGUCAAGAGGGAUGAAGACUUUUCUGGCUGAUGAAACACUGCCUCAGCACUGCUUCAGGGUUCGUCACUUUGCAGGGAACGUAAUGUACAGUGCUACCGGUUUUAUUGAGAAAAACUGCGAUGCUCUACCGAGGGACUUAUCACAUGCCAUGUAUCGGUGCAAUCAUUUCCUGCUCAAAGCCAUGUUUCCCGAAGGAAAUCCAAAAAGGGCGCAUUUGAAAAAGAGUGCAACAGCUGGAGCUCAGUUCAAGAUAUCCAUGGGGGCUCUGAUGAAAAGUCUGACUCAGAAAACCGCCAGAUUCGUCAGAUGCAUCAAGCCAAACGAGCUGAAGCAGCCGAAAAAAUUUGAAUAUGCCCUGGUUCAACAUCAAGCUCAAAAGGCACUGGUUGCUUUAUUUGGUUCGUCGAUUGCCAUCAAGUUCACCCCUCUGCAAAGACUGGCCUCCGUGUCCCAGAAGUGUCAUACGUAUCGGAUGAGGUUCGACCAGACAGCAAGGAAUCGGAUGCGAGAGAAGGUGACUGCAAGCAUUAUUUUCAAAGACAGGAAGGCCUCUUAUUCCAGAAGCAUUGGUCAUCCUUUUCUCGGAGACUAUGUGAGGCUGAGGCAAAACGUGCAGUGGAAGAAAAUGUGCGCUGAAACCGGUGACCAAUAUGUGGUAUUUGCAGAUAUAAUCAACAAAAUCAACCGAUCUUCUGGCAGAUUUGUACCGGUGCUGUUUGUGGUUUCUACAAGUGCCAUGCUGAUCUUGGACCAGAGGACAAUGCAGAUCAAGUACAGGGUGCCAGCUACUGACAUCUACAGGCUGUCUUUGUCCCCAUUUUUUGAUGACAUUGCCAUUGUGCAUGUCAAAGUGUCGAGUCCGACGUCGGAAAACUCUGCGAGCCAGCACAUGACUUCAACGACAGUGAAUCCACCGCCGAAUGUAGCUGGAAUGACCAGUGGGUGUUUGUUCCAGCCAGACAUCAGUCGCAGGAAGGGCGACUUCAUUUUUCAGACUGGACACGUCAUUGAGAUCAUCACCAAGUUGUUUCUUGUGAUACAAAAUGCCACUGGGAAGCCACCGGAAGUCAACAUUGCUACCGAGUUCGAAGCCAACUUCUCAUCACAUUCGGUGCUAUUCACGUUCAGAGCAACUGGACAUCAGCAAGACCUGCUUCCGGGCCAAGUGAAGAUCUCGAAGAAAGGUCACAGAAUGGAGAUUGUUUUAUGAGGACGUGUUUGUCUAGCAGCAGCAUCAGUCCUUCAACUUUUGGGACCC